AUGAGCAUCCCGUGGCCCGUGAACCGGCUGAGCUACGAAGCCAUUUCGGACGACGACCAUGCGUUCGUCGAGCGCACCUUCACCGGCCGCUGCGAUGCGCCGCUGGUCGCCAAGUGGGUCCAGCAGUUCAAGCCGAAAGCGUCGUUCCAGAAGCGGCUUCUCGUCAUCUCAAAGUACCGCGUGCUGACGCUCAAGCCUCAGACCAUUGGUGCCAAGCUCAAGGUCGCCAAGGACUGGGCGCUCCUCGACCUGCUCAAGCUGCAGGUCGACGCCUCCGAGAGCGCGCACACCCUCAAGCUCAUCUUCAAAGCCGGGCGCAUUCUGCAGCUGGACCCGGGCGUGCACUGCGAAGAUGUGGCGCGGACACUCCAGCGCUGCCUCCAUACGAUGGCACUCGCGUACCCGCCUGCGUCCAAGCCCAAGAUGGUGCUGCCGCUUGGCCUCGCCUGGGACGAGUUUACCCACGACGCGCCAAGGCUUACGGACGCAUACCGAGCGUAUUGCGACUGGUACAAGGCGCCCUUCCGCGACUGGGUCGCCGCCAAGCUGGAAGAGAGCAGUGUCGCGACGCCACCCGUGCUUGACUACGAAGCGUGCCUCUUGGCGGGCGGUGGUGAGAUGGAGACAGCCGAGAAAACGCUUGAUGCCAUGGCUGUUGUGAGCACCUGUCGUUUUGCUCCUUCGUUCCAGGGCCUCCUUGUGCACGACGUGGUCCUUGACGAUGACGGCGUGUCACGCGCCUUUGAAACCAUUGGCUACAACCCCAACCUCCGCGAGCUCCGACUGACUAAAGUGCACCUCUCGCGAUCGGCACUGAGCGCGCUUGAAGAGGUGGUGCAGUGCAAGCUCAAGGACCCAAGCUCGUGGCGACUCGAGACGAUCGAUCUUUCCGAGAACAAGCUGGCGCGGGAAAUGGUCGUCGCGCUGGCUUCGUGCCUCAAGCAGUUUCCGUCCGGGUUGCACAACUUGUAUUUGGCCAAAUGUGGCAUGACCCACGUGCUGCCGCUCGUGACGACGCUCAAACUUCCGAGCUGGACAGCGACGCUGCGAGUGCUCGAUCUCUCGUUCAACCCGCUCGACUUGCAGAGCUCGACAGCGCUCACCGAGUGGCUUGGGCGAGCCUCCUCCCUCACGCGGCUGGCAGUGGCAGGCACAAAUAUCGAUGCGGCAAAGCUCCUGAGAUCGAUCCAUCUCAACACGGUACUGCACACGUCGUCGCUCCUGUCGCUCGACCUCUCGCACUUGACGCUCAAAGACGAAGCUGUUGCCGACCUGGGUGCGAUCCUUGGCGCAACGCAGAGCCUCGCGAGUCUCGUGCUCCGGAACUUGAGCGUGCCCAAGCGUGGGUUGGAGACGAUUUUGACGCCGUGGUUCGCCAACCCAAGGUUCACGUCGCAGCCAUUGAGUCUCGACAUGAGUGAAAACGACUUGAGCACCAAGGGCAAAGUCCUCGCCGACCUGUUUUUGGCGUCGCCGCUCGUGUUGCGCGAGAGUCUCUGGUUGAACCAGUGUGGGCUCCGAGACGAGGCCCUCGCCGUGGUCGUUGCCGCCUUGAGCUCGUGCCGUCAACUCCGCGCGCUGCAUCUCGAAAACAACGGCGGGACGCCGCUCGCCUCGAUGCUUGGCGCGUUCUUCUCGGGUCCGCUCGAGAUGCGCCCUGGCGACGCCUUUGCCACGCUCCUCACCUCGUCGCGUGCGCUGCAAGAGCUCUACAUAGGCAGCACGAUACCCUCGCUGCGCUACCCCCUCUCGGUGCUGCGCCCGAUUGUCCACUCGAUAGGCUCGUCGGCGUCGAGCCUCGAGGUGCUCGACCUCUCUGGCAACCGUGGCGGCGAUGAAGUCGCCUUGUGCCUCGCCUCGGCGCUGCCCAAAACCACCAAGCUCCGCGCGCUCUUCUGGGAUGGCAACCACACGAGCGUACUCGGGUUCGAGCGCUUCCACGAAGGACUCUUGCGCAACGCGUCCGUGACGGUGAUGCCCGUGCCGAUCCAGGACACACGCCGCCUCCUCGACCUCAAGGAGCCGCGCCGCGAGGCUUUGUUUGCCGUCCUCGGCGCGCUCUACGGGUGCAUCCAGCGCAACAUGGCGGCGGCGACCACGAACGUCCUCGCCUCCGUGAUCGUGCGCGAGGAUCUGCUGCGUGGGAGCUACGAAGAGGGCGCUCUGUGGCGCAGCACCUUGUUGCGGAACUCGCCGAUCGACGUGCGCCAGAGCUGGUCGAGCGCGCUGCAGUCGGUCCAACCAAUGGUAUAG